AUGGAAGAUUCGGAUGCACGACACUGGCGUAAUUUACUGAACGGUGUACAUAUUGCCGAUGCGUUGUCAUCGGAUUUGGUGAAAGGUUGCUACGCUUGCAAUGAAACGAACAACAUGACUGAUAUUUCGGAAGAUGUGUCCGUUCCGCAGCAGUUUCGCGGUAGCGACGAUACACGGGCGAUAGGUGACUUGACUCCCAUGGAGGCUCCUUUCCAAAUUCCUCAUUUCGAGUCCUCAGAAAUACUUUAUGAAGUGAAGCGCAAAGAGCCGAAAAUAAUCGGGAACUGCGUGAUCGGUGACUGUUUAGGCGAAGGCUCGUACGGUAAAGUGAAGGAGGCGUUGGACUGUGAGACGUUGUGCCGUCGGGCUGUAAAGAUCUUUAAGCUGCGGCGUUUGCGCAAGAUUCCAAACGGUGACCAGGACGUGCUGAACGAAAUACGCCUGCUGAGCCGGUUGCAUCACCAGAACAUCAUCAGUGUAUUUGACCUGGUUUGUAAGCCGGAUAAACAGAAAAUGUAUCUGUUCAUGGAGUACUGUGUCGGUAGCUUGCAGGAGAUGCUGGACAGCGUACCGGACAAGAAAUUUCCAAUUUGGCAGGCUCAUAUGUACUUCGUGCAGCUCCUCGAUGGAUUGGAAUACCUGCACAGCCAAGGCAUUAUACAUUACGACAUCAAGCCGGGCAAUUUGUUACUGACUGUUGAUGAAACACUGAAGAUCAUUGACCUCGGCGUCGCGGUCGAACUCGACCGAUACCGCGCUGACGACAGGACCUCCUGUGGUCGAGGAACGCCAAAGUUUCAGCCUCCCGAAGUAGCCAGUGGCCAGACGAAUUUUCGUGGCACGCUGGUCGACGUUUGGUCAUCCGGUAUAACGCUGUACAAUUUUGUAAGUGGCUCGUAUCCUUUUGAGGGCGAAAACGUGUACAAGUUGUACGAAAAUAUCAUCAAGUUGGAUGUGGUCAUCCCGCCGGAUGUUGACAAAUUAUUGCGCAGUUUGUUGAUGGACAUGCUACAGAAGAAUCCGGCGAAACGCUGUGAAUUACAACAAAUUCGGUCUCACCAGUGGGUGUUGAAGAAGCACCCUCGAACGCUCGAUCGAGUACCUUUGCCUGCGUAUAACAACGACCCGCUUAGACACAGUACGGUCUACUCGUAUUUGGAAGCGAUGUAUAGCGUUCCUCAGAAUUCGUAUUUGCUAAGCGACGACGUUCGUGAUUCAACUCAGGUACUAGUGGAAUGUGGCAAGGAAAGUUUCCCCGCUCUGAACAAUGGUAACGUCGACGUGGACAAUGGCACUGAAACCAGUGUUGGACUGCGAAUGAACUUUAGCGAACCUUCAGCGAGCGGUUGGUGUCGCCUCUCUUCCAAACAGGGCACCAGCUUCGAAAAUUUGAGUGCUACACUACCUGUCAGGAAGGUGUCGAGCGACCUGCAUCAGUUGAGGGUGAAUACUAAGGUAAAGGAUAAAACAGGCAUGUGCAGAGUUCAGUGA